CACGGCACCUCCGAACUCCGCAUCGUUGUGCUUGAACGCGCGAACACUCGAAUAAUUACAUCACAUAUCAUGGCCGACAACGUUGGACUCACGACCCCAAGAGGCAGUGGAACCUCCGGUUAUGUCCAGAAAAACCGCUCGCUGCUCCGACCCCGCGACAAGGUCGCGCCAUAUCAGAAGGACCUGGACUACGCAAGACAUCGACCGCGCCAGCCAGACGCAGAGAUCCUAGAACACGAAGCGAAACGUGACGUCGAGGUCAAAGUCUUCGAGCUAAAAGACAAGCUCGAAGAAGAAGGUGUUGACGAAGACGAGAUUGACGAUCAAUGCGAAGCCCUGCGCCGAAAGCUCGACCAAGAGCGAAAAGACGGGAAAGACCUCGGCCCCAAUGCCAAGCGACUGAAGUCACAUCAGGUCCACGAUCUUGCGAAGGCGAAGGCAGAAGAGAGUGAUAGGAUGAGGAAAGCACUGGGUAUCAGCGAAGACUACGAGGAGGGUAGCCACUGGCGGAAGCAGGAGGAGCGACUGCGCGAGUCUCUAGCGAAACGAGAAGCUGAAGAUGAUGAGAAGGCUGAACGUGCUAGAGACGCACGACGCUACAAGGAAGAUGACUCCGAAUGAGUUGACGGCGUAACGAUACCGUUGUGGAGAUUGGAGAGUCUCAGACGGAAUUUUUAAUGAAUUAAAAGUCAACGUACACUGCUGGUGUGCGGCAGGUCUGACAACACACCAAUUGCUGUACAGCAGACCCUCGAUCGAGGAUGGAUAUGGCGUAGAGGCCGAUAUCUGAACCUCCUGCCACUACGAUACUUUUUGUCGCUCACUUCACACCCGGAAAAGAUGACAUGCUCUGAUGCUACCGAACUUGGGUUUGGCGGUA